ACACCGCAGGACCGAGGCGGGAUCCAGCUUCACAUCAACUCUCCGAACCAGGCAGCCCACAGGUUGCAGACAUGCAUCACUGAGCGCGCGGUCCGGACGCGGGAGAACUGUCGCCACGCUGUUUUUCACCACCUCACCAUGGAGGAUCGGGCCGGUGCAUCAUGGGAACUAAUCUGCAGGGGAACAGACACAACACACGACAAGGACUGAAGGGUCGUCAUGGAGUCUGACAGCUACACCGCAGGCCCGGCCACCACUGACUGGAUGGGGAUACCAGCGGGCCUGGAGGUUACGGAGGCCCAUCAGGAUCAGGGAGGAGAUGCCUCACUGGUCAGUGGUGUGACCUGGCACAUGCCGUACUCACUGGGCUUCCAGGUGUCGCUCACCGCCUUCCUCAUGCUCGAGCUGGUGCUGGGGUUCAGCAGCAACCUGACGGUGCUUGUGCUCUACUGCUCACAGUCUAAUUUGGUGGACUCUGUGAGCAACAUGGUGACGGUCAAUCUGCACGUGUUGGACAUAGCGGUGUGCUUGCUGUGUGUGCCGCUCACUCUGGUGAUGGUGCUGCUGCCGCCAGGACCCAAUCUGGCCUUGCUCUGCUGCUUCCACGAGGCUUGUGUCACAUUCGCCAGCAUCGCCACAGCCAUCAACAUCCUGGUCAUCAGCCUGGACCGCUACGACAUCUCGGUGCGUCCGGCCAACAGGCUGCUGACAACACGGAGAGCGGCGCUGCUCCUUACUGCCGUCUGGAUCACGUCGGUUGCAGUGUUUUUCAUGCCUUUCUUGGAGGUCCAGUGGUCCGGUGCAUCAGAAGCAGAGGAAACAAGUCAGGUGACCUCCUCAGUUGGUAUUGGCGGAACAGCUAUGCCAGCAUGGCGGAACAGGACCCUUCUAUGUGUCGGUGGUCAGGGCUAUUACACAGGUCUGGGAAUGUAUUACCAUCUCAUACUUCAGGUGCCCAUCUUCUUCGUCACCGUGGUGGUCAUGUUGUUCACCUACUCCAGAAUACUGAGGGCUCUGAACAUCCGUAUCGGCUCUCACAUGAGGAAGAGCCAGCGGAGAAGGGGGCGCCACAAGAGACAGAAAGAGAGGAAGGUGGGACUCAGGAGGAACGACGAAGAGGCAGCAGGGGAUCAGUGCACCAUAGAUGGUACCAAACAGCUCAGCCACCCCCCACUCAUUCCUUCCCAGUCUCCAACCCCAACAGCUACCUCUCCCCCCGCCCAGUCCUCCGCCGCUCCUCUCAUCGCCUCUGAGGCCGGCGCUGCCAAUGCCCUGCCGGCCACAAUGGGCGUUCAGGCCUCUGUCUCGGCGAUAAUAGCGCUGCGUCGGGCAGUGAGACGCCAUCGAGAUCGUCGAGAACGACAAAAACGGGUGUUCAAGAUGUCCCUCAUCAUCAUCACGACCUUCCUGGGCUGUUGGGCUCCUCUUUCCGUGACCAACAUACUCAUACUAAGCAUUGGCCCCAGUGACGUCCUGGUCAGCCUGCGGCUCUGGUUCCUGGCCCUUGCUUAUGGCACCACUGUCUCCCACCCGUUGCUCUAUGCCUUCACUCGACAGAAACUGCGCCGUGCCCUUCGUGCCAAAGUGAAGAAACGGGUGGUGUCUCUGCUGCAGGUGGACCCGUCCCCAGGGGGCACGGUGAUCCACAACUCCUGGGUGGAGACCAGAAAAACCAGCCGACAGGUGCGGCUGGAAGCAAGAGAAGGCACAGACCAUCACCUGGCCGAGGCCCUUUGAGGCCGAGACCCUUGGGUCCAGCUGGAAUAAUUAAAAAGCAGAAUAAGGUCGCAGGUGCGUUCCAUCAUGAACUUCACUGAAGCGAGGAGCCGCUGUAAAAAAUGCAAAGAGCACAUUUUUUACCUCUGGGAGACGUUUAAAUGUAACCACCAGCAAGGCCCGGCUAAACACGGCUCCGCUCACCUCAGGCACAGGUUGAAACGGGACGAUGUCGUCAGAAUGGAGCACAUAGCUUCCACACAUGUAAAUGAGGCUGUAUUAUUUGUACCUACUUUGUCAAAUACUGAGGUUUAUUUACACACAAAAAGUCUUUAUGUAACUGUAACCAAGAAUGGGUUUCUCCAGAGAAUGAUCUGAUCUGCUCUCCCACUCAAAUGAUCUUAUGUUCGUUCACUUUGAAUACAUGGAUAUUCUUCGAAUCUAAUCAAUACCAGUCCUGCUUUCUAUUUUGCAGAAGAAACAUUUAGCAAGGAAAAAAACACUGCCACAUAAACUUGAAUAAACCUAAAAAAGGAAGGCUAAAGGAUUUGGUCUAGAGAUGAAGAUCAUGUCUCAAGACAGUAAAAGUGUAAAAUAAGCUUUGCAGUUUUGCACAGAUAUAACAGGGUUAUGUAAAAAUUUGCAUCAGCAGUUGACAUUACUUCAACUUCUUUUCUUCCUAGUUUUUAACUAAUGGUGUAACAUCUUGCAGAAACUUGCAGAUUAGCUGAUCACUGCUUCUUUUUACUCUACUUUGUUCUGUCCAAUACAGUGCCUCGCAUAGAACAACAAAAAAGAGUGCCAAAUUAUAAAAACCAAAAUAAUACAUGGUUAGAAUGUUUUACGAACAGAUCCAGUUGUUUGGGCUGGAGAAUGAAGGAAAAACAAGUAACACCCCCUGAAUUAACCAUCCGCAUGAUGGAACAUGGUGUGGGUUUAUUAUUUUUUUUGGUAGAAAUUUGUAGAAAAUUCUGAAAACCAUGUAACAUUUUCUUUUCAGUUCACAAUCAUGCACUACUUAGCCAUCCUGUGGAGUAAAAUUACAAUGAAACACAAAAAGGUUUUAAGUUGUAAUGAGGCAAAAGAUGAGAAGGUUCAACAGGUAUGAAUACUUAUGCAAGGCACUGUAGAAACUGGCCAUAGAGUUAUAUAUAGUGUAUGUUUUAGUUUUUUUCCUGAUUCAUAGUAAGCUCAAAAGACUAAAUGUUGACAGAAUUGUGGGUGAUGACUGAGAAAAUGAGUCAAACUGGAUAGAAAUAGCAAAAAAAUUACUUUACGUAAACUUUUCACGAAGCAACAGUGGAGCUGAGACCUUCACCAAUGAUAUUUGGAUAGUAUUGAGUAGAUGUCUGUAGCUCAUUGGUGCAGUGCACUUUUUAAGAAACAUGUAUGUACAGUACAUGUUGUAAAUAUCGCAAAGUUGUGAUUUAUUACACGUGAUUCUUCAAAACAAGCAACUUGCUCUGAAAGCGUUUUUUGGCCGACAUUUCUAGAUUAGAGGAGUAUUUCACACAAGACGGCAGCCGGCUCCUGUUCAAUGGGACUAUUGUUAAUAUCAUUAUUAUUAGGACACGUGGUUGCUGUUGACUUCCUGCUUGUUUGCUCACUCUUCUGAAGAUAUGCCCACACUGCAUCCAUGUGAACUGUCGCAAUGCAUUUUUGAAUGUAAACAAAUGGAAAAUGCAAAAUGAUGUUGUUUCACACCAAGAAUGUGCGAUAUUUAUGUGUUCUCUAUGGUGUUGAUUUAUAGUGAAUGUAUCAGAAAUUACUUUAAUUACUUUAAUAAAUCUAAAAGAAAACAUUA